AUGGUGACAAGUAUGUAUUAGUUUCACAUUAGAAUGCAUAUUAAAAUAGUUCAAUAAAGUUUAGCUGCUUUUCUUGUUGAUGAGGAAGAAUCGCCUAUUUUGAGACUCUUGGCACUCAAAGUAAGUACCUCACCAUAAAUUAAUUUAUAGUUCAAUAAGGAAUUAGCCGAGACGUUCAAUGAGGAGUAUAUCCAUCUCAUGCAGAAAAUCGUUCUCCCAAAAAUGGAAUAGAUUGCAAUAUUCAAAAAGGAGUCACAAGAUAGUGACCGUGGCAAAUUGUUCUUCUUGGGCAAGCAAAAACCUCAUUAAGGUAUGUAGAGUACUAAAGUAGUUAAGGCAACCAAGAGUUGCAGGCUUUAGGAGAUCAAUUCUUCAGAGUCACGUUGGAAUGUAUUAGAAUAUGGGGAAGGUGGUUUCCCUUAGACAAACAACAUCACAGACUCAGUUUGUAUCGUGUGGCAUAUGAGAGAUUAUACAAAAUUGGAGUUCACUUUCCUGAAAUCCAAUAUUUCGAUCUUCAUUAAGUUCACUCUAAUCUGCCUUCAACAUUUCCUCCUCUUUCAAUGGUGUAACAAUUAAAGAGAGUCAUGAGCAUUCAUGUUCGUUCUACUACUAAAGAAAUCUGUAGAUAUCUAGAAUCUCAUUUACCUGAAGAAUAUUAUUAAACACAAUAUUCGUCGUUUGCUGAAUUAUUUUAAACCAUAGUCAAAAAACAUAUACUUAACAAAAAUAAAUAGGCAAGAAUUGCAAACAUAUUUUUGGAAAAAGAGUAGAAGCUUAGUGAAAGUAAAAAACAAGAAGACAAAGAGGAAUGGACUUAAUUACAAAGACUAUAGAUUGAAAAUCAGCAACUUCAAUAACUAAACCAUAUGUAUUCAUCAAAAAUGUAAGAAUUAUAAAAAUAAAUUAUUCUAACCCAAAAUCAAAAUACGCUUUUGUAACAAUAGAUUUAAGAUAAACAGUUGUUAAUAGAAAAAUUAGAAACUGAUUGGAAGAAAAUUGAAAAAAAGUUUUUGCUUUUGUUUGAAGAAUACAAGAAAACCCAUGAUUCCAAAAAUCCCUUCGUUCUCGCCUAAUUUGAAAAACAAGUAAAUAUCUGAAAAUAUAUUUAAAGUUGGCAGAAUUUAAAAUUGAAUUUGGUCUCUCUUAUAAGGAAGUUGAUUGUUUUAAGUUAAGAGCAGAAAAUGAAUACCUUAUUAAAUAAUUGGAUGAACAGGAAGACUUAUUCAAUAAAGUUAGACAUGAAAAAGAGGUUUUACUCACUGAAAAUAGAUUAUUAGUGACUAAAUUAAAUAAUCUAUCCCAAAAAUCAAUUAAAGGAGAUAAGGUUGAACCAGAACUACCGUAAGAUGUAGAAGAACUUAAAUUUUACAAACAAAAGUCCAACUUAGUAUAAUAUGAAUAAAUAAUGAUCUCAUAAAAGUAAUAAAUAACCUAAUUAAAAAAUCAACUGCUUCAAAUGAAUGAUAAGAAAAAUAGUGUCACAAGUCAAACAUGGGGAAUUAGUACCAAGUCUAAUUCUAGGAGAAAUAUUAAUAUACUAUAAGCUGAUAAUAUUUAAUCAUCAAAACAAUGUGAGAUUUAAAAUCGUCCUUAUAGAUAGUCCAAGAUUAUUAUGCCUCCUAUUAUUGAUUAUGAUCCUACUAUAUUUGCUAUUAAUCCUAGUAUUUUUAAUACUAGAUUUAGAUAAGCCUGCUUCACAUAGAAAUCUAUAAUCCAUUAAGACGAUAAAAUAUAAAUCAAUACAGCUACUUAAUUAAAGAUACAAGUGUUGUUUGUAACACUUACCAUUUAAAAUAAAUCUUCAAUCAAAUUAAAUAAUUUAAGUCUAAAACUAUAAAGCACAGAUUAAUUAUAUGUUAAAGUUUUAAAUAACAUUAAUCGAAUCAUGAAUCCUGAGGAAAGUUAAAUAGUUUAAAUUUAAAUUGAAAUAAAAGAAAUACCAUUUUCAAUUUUGGAAGCCUAACUCAUUUACAUGGAUAAAAUUAUUGAAUUUGGCAUACCUUGCACAAUCAAUAAAUUUUUAAAUUACAGUUCUUGUAAACAAUUACCAACAACUUAUUUCUAUUAAUGCAAACCUUUUCUAACUGGAUUCUAGAGUUCCAUUCCUAAUCUUUUGUAAGAAUUUGAGAUAGUUAGUCAAUCUGAAAACGAAGUAUCUAUGUUAGCAUAGGUAGAAUAUUAAAACGAAGAAUAUGAAAUUAUGAUAUCUUGCAGAAAAUCUAUGAUGUCAAUUAAAAUUAAUGGUGGUUAUAAUGAUAAACUUAUUAAGACAAUCAUAUCCACUUACUAAGGUUUAUUUUUGAAAAGGUGA